AUGCAACAACAACACCCAUCCUCAGUCAACUCCCAAUCGACUCCUGUUCUCGUCAAGAUGUGGGAACCAGUCUCGCUCCCAUUCAAGAACAGCUCCCUGCCUCUACCUACUCUACCCACUACGGAUGAAAUCCGAUCCUGCUCUGACAUUCUAUGGGAACGCUGUUACGACAAGAUUGUUGCAGUAAACGACAAGGUUGUUGUCAAAUUUGGUGGUAGCGUAAACGCCUGGGAAGGCCAGGCUUUGAUGUACCUUGAAAAGCACGUACCCCCAAGUUUCGGCUCCGCGACUCGUAUUCCGGGGGCGCGACUUCACUCGAUAUGGCCGUCGCUGACCCCCUCCGAAAAAGACGACAUUGUUGCCAAACUCCGCCAGAUGUUCGAUACUAUGCGGCAAGCCGAGUGUCCCUGGCCCAACUUUUUCGGAGGGUUGGAUGGCGGUGGUGUAUAUCACUACCUAUUCUACAGCCAAACGAAGGGUGAUCAGAAGCAUCUGGGACCUUUUCAUGGUGGAGCUGCCUUUGCUGCGGGCCUCGCUGGAAUUUUCGAGCCUUGA